AUGACCAUCAUCGUGCACCACCUCAACAACUCGCGCUCGCAGCGCGUCCUCUGGCUGCUCGAGGAGAUGGGCAUCCCCUACGAGAUCAAGCACUACCAGCGCGGGGCCGACAAGCUCGCGCCCAAGGAGCUCAGGGACGUCCACCCGCUCGGCAAGUCGCCCGUCAUCACCGACACGGCCCGCGCCAACCGCGUCGUCGCCGAGUCGGGCGCCAUCGUCGACUACCUCAUCCGCCACUACGGCGAGGGCCGCUUCGUACCCACCGACGCCGACAAGGUCGACGACGACGUCUUCUGGAGCCACUUUGCAGAGGGAUCCCUCAUGCCCACCCUCGUCAUGAGGCUCGUCCUCAGCUUUGUGCCCGCCCAGGCCCCCUUUUUCGUACGCCCCAUUGCCCGCGCCAUUGUCGGCGGCGUCGAGUCCGCCUUUAUCGGGCCCAACAUCAUGAACAACAUGUCCUUUGUCGGCAACGAGCUCGACAAGCGCGCAGGCGGUCAGGACUGGCUCGCCGGAGGCGACAAGGACGGCAACCCCACCGCCGCCGACUUCCAGAUGGCCUUCCCCCUCGAGGCCGCCCUCUCCGGCCGCGUCGACAACCUCGCCCCUUCGGUCAAGGCCUACGUCGACCGCAUCCACAACCGUCCCGCCUACAAGCGCGCACUCGAAAAGGGCGGGCCCUACGCCUACGCCUGA